UCUUAUCUCCUUUGGGCUCCAUGGUUGGAUAUUAGCUGUCAAACAAGAACACAAGAGCAACAUAUUCGCAAAUAUUUUAUUUUAAAAAUUUUUCUUUUCUUUUUUGGUUUUUCCUUUCACAAUUUAUUUAUUUUAUUGCUUCAAAAACCAUAAAAGGACUCUUUCACUAACCCCAUUUCUUCUCCUACUGUUUCCCAAACUUUUUCUUUUCAUACACACUCUUUCUCAGCUUCCCUGAGCCUUCAGCAGUGUUGGGUUAAGCUUACUUUUGCAUUUUGGGAUUAAAAAAUUUUGAUUCUUAUAAAAGUUUAAACUUUUAGACGCAAAAACUGGCAAGUUUUGGCAAUAAAUAAAGUUUCAGUUUUGAGUCCCCAAAAAAAAUUUUGCUGUUUUUAAUUUUUGUGGACUUUUUUUUUUGGUUGAAAAAAUGGAAACUGAAUCAUAAAGCCUUAAACUUCGGCCUUAAGAAAAGUUUUGGUUCAAUUUGGGUGUUUUCUUGAGUUGGGUAUUGAAGAUUUUCAACUUAUAGUAAAAGGCUUGAGAUUUUGCUUUGAGCUGUUUUAGCCAUGCAGACUUUAUGUUCUUGUGAAGAAGGGAUCGAUAUUGGAAAGAUGAUGGAAAACAAAAGGAUACCUUGCUCGGUUGACCAUAGCAGUUUCUCUUCUUUGGCAUCCAAACGGCAGAAGGCUGAUAUGUCUAUCUCCGCAAAGGAUAGGAAAGAGAAGCUUGGUGAACAUGUUGUCGCUCUGCAGCAGCUUGUUUCACCAUAUGGAAAGACAGAUACAGCUUCUGUCCUCCUGGAGGCAAUGGAAUACAUACGAUUUCUUCAUGAACAAGUGUUGAGUGCUCCAUAUCUCCAAACCACACCAACAAAUAAUAUGCAGGAUGUAGAGCAUUAUAGCCUGGGAAACCGAGGUUUAUGUCUUGUUCCAAUCUCUUAUACUGUUGAAGUUGCUCGGAGCAAUGGUGCUGAUAUUUGGGCUCCCAUCAAGUCCACAUCUGCUAAAUUUAACAAGGCUAUCUCACAAUUCAAUUGACAUUUUAUUUCACAGCAACUGGAAGGCUUUGAAAUCCACUAAAGUGGUUUAGAAGGUAACCAACUUAUCAUUGAAUAUGCGAAAUUUUCCCAGGAAAUUUAUAUAGAUGAUGUACUAAGAUAGGAUGAUGAUAGGCAAAAUUAUUAGUCUUUUAUUGGGAGAAUUUGUAUCUAAAUGCAGUCCUGGACCUUUCUAGUUUUAAGCAGGUGCCGGGAACAACCCGCAUUCAAUCUAUUCAAGCAUAAAAACUUCUUUCUCUCUCCUGAUCAUGUGAUGUAAAAUGUAUAUCGGUGAACAUUAGUUGAAUAACUACUUUAAAUUGUAUCUAUUAGUAUAUGAAGGGGAAUUCCAUGGUUAAUGAAGCUGUCCGGUCUUUUUUCCUAAGGAAUCAUAUGGGUUCUAGUCAACCUCAUGACUUACUGCCUGAGUUAAUUUUUGCAUUAUUGCCUCACUAGUUAAGAUUUGUGCUUAAAGAAUGUGUGGGUUCCAAAUUGUUGCAAAUUAACUCUGGGAUCUAAAUUCCUUAAUGAUUAUCAAAGUCUUUUAUUUUGUUUUAUUUGGGAAAAGACAAUCAAGCAUCAAUCACUGAAUCAAAUAUUCGAAUGUUUUGAUCUUUAAUUUUUUCAUGAAGAGUUUUAUCUUUGUAAUUCCCAAACUUAAAUGACCAGAUGGAGGGAAGAAUGAGGGUUUUCUGAGCUGCAUUUGAUGAUGUCCAAAUGUUCAAGGUACUAGCCAAGUCAACUAAUGCGCUAAGCUAUGGUCAGUUUAGGGGGUUACCCUUUCUAAGAACCCUUGCCUCUCAAAAUAGGGUUAAAACGUAAAACUCAUAGUUGGAAAAUGGUUUUAAAUUUAGAAAGCUCUUUCUUUGAAAUGCAUUCACAUUAUCAGAGAAGUGAAAACAAUCUGAAUUGGCAGUAUCUUCAAAAAUUCAACAAUGGCAUUAAGGAACAGUUUGGCCUGCUGCUCUCAAGUCAUUGUUUUUCGCUCUGCUGUUAAAAGUUCCUUGCAGGGUGCAGUUUGGUCACUGGCCCAGGCACUGGCACCAGGCAAGACAUGGUUACAUACCGCAUAACCUGUGAUCCAUCAGACUAUCACCACCUAAAAUUGCACAAAAGUCUUAAAAGAUUUGAGUUCAUACUCAACACUUUGUAAAGGCAUGGUUUAACUGCCACGCAUCUUCGUUAGGUUUUUUUUUUUUUUUUUGCCUGUCUAUAUUUCCUGAUCUUCGAACAAAAGAAAACCCACUUCAAUCAGGACCUGUUAGAGCUUAAUGAGUUCAAGCUUUUUUCUUCCUACCUGCAGAAGUUGGUGCCCCUGGUUCAGCAAUUGUCAGAAGUGAAAGCUCCAUUCUUAUUUGAACUCCGUGUUAAUGCAGCCCCCUGAAGACAUUAUACCAUAUACAUAUACAAACAUAACUGAAGUAAACCUUAUCUUAGCCAGUAAAACCUGAAAAGGGGAUAGGACAGGAAAUGUUAUCAACUUUAACUAACCGGCCAAAAUACAGCUAAUCCAAUUCAAU